CUUUCCCUGUCCGUGGUACUUAUCCCAAAUAAUGUUGUGAACUCGAACCCUCCGUUCCCCGCAAGUGCGCCCUGAGCCCUUUGAGAGACAGCUAGGAGCUGCCGACGCCGGAGUGCGGAGCUGCAGAAUGCAGCAGGGCCAGGCAGCAAGGGGACUGCAGGGGGUCCCGCUCCUGCGACACCGUGUUCACCCAGUUCCAGCCUGUGUUACCUCUCAACCCUGUCGCCGGUCGCAAAGGUCGGGGGUGGGGGGAGCUCGAAAGGCUGCAGCAGAGAGAAAACGCCUCCCUGCAACCGUUUGCAAGUCGUCCCAGUGGGAGCCGGGAUUUUGGGGGCCAGGAAGAAAGGGGGGAGAAGGCUUGGGGUUGGGCGAGACUUGGAGGGAGUCACGGGAGCUGAUGAUGACAGGGCCUGACGCGUUCUCAAACCCCGUGUCGUCUUUCUCGCCACCCCCCCACCCCCCCGCAAGUGACCUCCAACCCACCCGCAGCCGAAGAGAAGCCGGAGUCCCCAAGGGGCUGCGUCCAGGGGGAGCCGAGGUGCCUGAGGGAGCCAACGGGGGAUGCCAGGACAGGGCUGCAGCAGGCCCGAGGCCUCCGGGAACUGAGACCCCACAGAGGCGCGAGGGGGGCGUCGCAUGGGAGAAGCCGCGCAUCUCUCCGUCUGCUCGCUGGACCCCAAGGCGGAGACCCAAUGAGAAGGAGAACCAGGAGGUCCUGGGUCCUAUCCGCGUCUCUCGGCAGCAUCCAGGCCUGGCAGAGUCAGGCGACGGGCUCGCAGCGCCCGCGUCAGGGCUCUCCCACCCGAACCCACACAGCGCCGAGCUGUCUGACAUGAUCUCGGAUUCCGAGGACGAGGGCCACGACCCACUCGGUGGGAAGGGCCCCCUGCGGCUGUACCACCGAACCAAGAACAACACCCUGAUCCCGACUCUGGUCCAGCACCUUCGCCCGAUUGCCCUGAAACCCUGCUACGUGGCCUUGGAGAGGUUAGCGAGGCCGACAGUGAGCUGGCAGCCGUCCCCGCUUGUCCCGCGUUGAUCGCACUCUGGCCGGCACCCGACACCACCACCGUUGAGGCUGAGCCAAGCCUCCCCUGUGCCUGGGACAUUUGGUGGGAGCAAGGUUUGAGGUGGGGGGGGUGGGGUGGGGGUGCUGCCACACUGCCGGCGGUGCUCACCAGCCGACGUGGGAGGUCAACAGACAUGUAGAACAUAAGCUCACUGCUGUCCCAAGAUGGUGGGAAGUUUACGUGUACACCUUUCUCCCCGGAUGGUAUUUAUUUUUCUGAAGGUCGACCAGGAAGGUUCGGAUCCGUGUGUGUGUGUGUGUGUGUGAGGGAGAGAGAGAGAGAGAGCGAGAGGGAGACUUCGCAUUCAGGGAACGGUGGGAAUCUGUUUGCCCGCACUUUCUUUGCUCUGUAUUUCUGUCUUGUACUUUUGUUUUAGGAACAUGCAAAAUGUGAGUUGUUUUUAUUUAAGAAAUGGGUUAGGAGACGAAUGUUGUUAUUCUGAAUAAAUUAGUGGAAGGCA